UGCCCAGUCCAGCUCGACUCGGCGAUUCGGAUUCGGUUGUUCGGGCGUUCGGCUGUUCGACUUGUCGUUCCCACUCGACUCGACAGCGGCAACGCUUGUUUUGUGUUCGGUUCUGUUGCAUUACGGUGCUCUGCUCAGGACAACGAAUCAUCGCAACAAGACAGAAAGAAGCGGAGAACAAAGCCGAAAAAGGCUCACGUGAGCGAUCCGAGGAGGACAGCCGGAGCUACACGCAGGAGGUUUUGAGACUAAGUACAGACCAGUUUGAACGAGGAGUGGGUGGUGUGUACCUAUGACGAAUUCCUGGAAAAGACGAAAAAGAAAUAUACAGCUUGCUCACCGUUCGUCAUAGCUGGACUCGAAUACAAUCCACAACAGUGUGACGAUACAUGUCUGAGGGCCUUUAAUGUCGGCUUUUGUAAUCAACUCUGCCGUGGUUCGUAGUUUGAGAUCGGGCUAGUUGUCGACACUUGGCAGGGCGGUCGGCUCAUAAACUGCCCUCUUCUUUAAUGCUGUGACUAGCGGGCUCAAUAAGCUAAUCGGCCAAUACGCGACGUUUGGCGUGUGCGCACCUCGCCAAUCUCGAACAGUUUGAAGCCGAACCCACGUAGGGAACGUUGAAGUAAGCUUCACAAAAUCUAAAUCAGUGGAUUCUAUAUGUAGGCCGUGUUCGGGGCCAACUGGUCUCUGUCGUGUUCUUCUACAGUACGUUUCGAUUCGCGCGCGUGAACGCGGGCACACACACGUGCGGUUAACUGGCAGGUAGUUGCAGCCCCACGUGGGGCUACAACAAACGCGAAAAAAUCGCUAGGCUCCCGAUCACGUGACUCACGCCAGCGGUAACAAUAUGUAAACUUCGAUCUCGUAAAAUUCGUUCAUGGCAGGAUCGCUUGGAUAUUUCUUGGUACCUUGCAAUGAUGAUGUUUCAUCGAUAAUUUGACGUACCGUUUAGUGCAAUUACUGAAUUUCAGUUACUUGAACGAAAAAAAAAAAGUGUGAAUUAGUCAAACUUGUGAUUACUCGAGCUUCUAGGUAAUAACUAUAGUGCUGAUUUGGGUGAGGAACUUGGUAUUCGCUAUCGUGCAAGACGCAGUGGACUAUAAUGGAAUAGAACAAAUAUGCUGUGCAGUCAGUAUCGCUAGCGACUUGCCCGGUUGACGUAUGACGGUAACCUUAACGCCAGUUGAGUGUCGAUAAACACAAUCACGAUGAUGGAACUGGCAGGCGCUACAGACCUCAGUAUGGGCUCCUCGCCGAGACAAACUCCUGGACAUCCUGGCCACACGUACCGAACUAUAGACUCCGAGACAGCCCACGAACAAAAAACUCGAUUGCCUAACUGGACCGAGGAGGAGAAAAACGUGCUCAUUCAGGAAGUUCGUAGAAGAGCCGCAGUCCUCACUACACCUCGAGCCAAAGGAAUGUCGCACCUCAAAGAAAAGGCGUGGGAAGAGAUUACAGCAGCGGUCAACGCGGUUCAAGCUCCGGGUAGUCAACUGCGGAACGCACAAACCUGUCGUAAAAAGUGGGAAAAUCUUAAAUUAUAUGCGAAGAAAGCGCAGAAGGAAGGUAGAAAUGACCUAACUCUGGCAACUGUAUCGCAGCUGAUCGGCAGCGACGUCGAUCUCAAAGUACUCCAAGCAACCCUACAGGCUGUACAAGGUGCUAGCGGCUCACCCAGCCCUUCUCCAGGACCUACCGACGCUGCCGGACCUGAAUCGUUAGGAGCUAUUUUUUCAGUGCUGCAACAGCAGGGAAUGAAUGGGGCGCUCGCACGAAUGCUCGGACUCUCAGGGACCUUGCCAAAUGCUCCUGCUUCUGAUGAGGCAUCUCUCUCUGACUGCUCGAACUCAGUUGAAGAUCCAGACGAACUUCGAGCAGCACUGCGAGUCAAAGCAGAACUUGGUGACGAAAUGCGUAGAUUGUCUGGAGGUUCUGGGGGCUCCAGUUCAGGAGUUACACUUAGCGGUGCCGAACGGAUCAAUGGACACCACACCAUUGGCGGGAUCGACCAUUUACUACAGGCUGUUCAGCAACAACAACAACAACAACAACAACAACAACAACAACAACAGAUACAACUUGAUCAUGUCAAGCAGAGUCCGUCGCCUUUACCGCUUCCGCCCGGGGUUAGUCUUGAACCCGUCCAAAAGAUGACCAUAUCGCACACGCCUCCGUCCGCAGCUACUCUGGCUAGACGCACUCCGACGCCUAGUGGGAGUCAUCUUUCUCAGCACUUACAGCAGUCAUCACAGAGUUCGCAGUCUUCACAGAAUGCGGUUACUUUAAAUGGUUUCCAUCUGCCACAGCAGCAGCAGCAACAACAACAGGUUCAUCAACGAGACACCCACACUCCUUCAAAUCACCAGCACCCACAGCAACAAAGACUGCAUAGGAAUACACUCGCUCAAGGGGGGCAGCUCUACGCGAAUGGCGGUACUCGACAAAGAGGUUCAGCCUCGGACCUGUCUGCAGCUGGACAAAUGAAUAGCCGCAUAGCCGUUAAUGGCGUGUCCACGAAGCGUCGCAGAGAUUUCGAGUUGGAGUCCGGGGAUGUUUCUGAACACUUGGUUGAAAAACGAACGUUCUACAAGGAGAUGACCAAACUCUGCGGUACUGUACAAAGUCUUGUCGAGUCGAUGCGCGAGACGCAACACCUCAAACAGCGAGUUCUUGUGGAGAAGCUUCGGCUGGUACGAAUGAAGGAGGCGGCGUUGGUGGCACAAGUUCAACGAGACAAUCUCGUCGAAAAGGACACUACCUCCUCGAUCCUGCCCGAGCCGGACAGUGAUGGUCUACAAGAGACCAUGAAGGCAAUCGAUGAUAUCGGCGAGGACGAUACUAAUGUGGAACUUGUCGACGAUUCGACAGCCAAAGGCAAAGCUGACGGCCAAGAGGACUGUGCAUUCCCGAAGCACAACGGUCCAGACGGUACAAGGCAAUUGUUGCGGGACGCUGAGAAAAAAGCGAGUGACUUUGAAGAGGCAAUAGAUACGAACGAGGGCAAAGAAAAGGACGAUGGCCUGGAAAUUAGAAUAAUGCUUGAUGGGGAUGAAGACAACGAUCUCGACACUAGCAAAAAGGACACAAAGGAAGACGGGCCCGAAACUGAAGAAGAGUAGAGAUGGAAUGG